CACUAUUGCAUACAUUUUCAAGGUAUCUUCCAGGUUGGGUAUGAAGAAACAUUGUUUCUCUGAGUCUGAGUCCUUCGUUUGGUGUCCAUUGCAAGCGGAGGCGGCUGCUGCUUGGUGUGCUCGCCAGAGCUGGCCUCAUGGCGGCGCUGGCUUUGCCACUGUGCCGUUGCCACCAUCGAUCUCUGUUCAGACUGCGCGCCGUGAAUGGACAACCCGCGCACCAACUUCGUGCCAGGUCGUCAUGGCUAGGAAUGACAAAGAAAUCAGCACCAUCUAUCCCAGCAGCUCUUGUCUUGGCCGAAGACGCUCAGGAGAAGAACCAGACGCCCGCUCGUGUUGACGAUCCGUUCGCCUGGAUGCUCCGCGACGAGAAUAUCUCCACUGUUUGCGAAUACAUUGACAAAGAAAAGAAGUUCGCCAGUACGAAACGCAUCGACGUGCUAGCAAGGGAGUUUGUUUACAAUCGACAUCUGGAGAGUCCUUUCUUCGAUGGAAAGCCUGUGUACGUGGAUUACCAGCAUCCGAUACUCUGGGAACUCGGCGAGUACUACUACUUUUUCCAGGAGCGCGGGCAGUUGUUUGAGCGUGCCAUAAUCAGAGAUCACGUAACAGGACUGAUCCAGCACACGCGAUUCCCGCUGUUUCACAUCGACGACCUUGCCGAGUUUCUUGAGUUGCCUGUGCUGAGCGAGCUGCGAAUAAAGCAGAGCUUGCUGUUCUCACCGUGUGGGAAGUUUGCACUGGUCAGCGGACGGUUCUCACACGGUCUCUCCGGUGUAGCGGCAGUGCUGUCACUAGCCGAUGGUCUGCGUCGCGCAGAGCGUGUCAUCUCCGUCGUGACUGGUGUUGUGGAUGCAGUGUGGUGCGGAUCCUCUCAUCUCCUGUGCACAGUGCCGGGGCGCUACGGUAGAUGCAAGGGCGAAGUGCGCUGCGUUGAUCUGUGGAGCGUACCGGAUGAUCGGAGCAAGUUCCAGCCGCUUCACGAUGCCCUAACUGCCAGACUGGUGUAUCGCGAGCCUAACCCGCGCUACAGCGUUCGCCUGAAAGCUUGCCGUUCGGGUCGGUACGUGUCCGUGCACAGCCAGUCGCAGCGCAGUACUGAAGUACACGUCGUUGACUGCACACUGGCAGAGCCCACGGCGAGUGCGUGUGUGUGGCCCCGCGGCGCUGGCCUAGAGUGCCGACACGUCGACCACUACCAGGGCACGUUCUACGCACUGGCCAAUACGGAGGCAAGCGGAGAAGAUAAGAUUCUUUGUUUGUCUGAGAACGAUGCGCUUGUGAGAAAGGGCAGCAGUGCGAUGGGCAAUAGUACACAUUCUACUGGUGCUAGUAGUGCCUCAGCUAAUACUACUAAUAGCAGUGGUAUUGCCGAAGACCGCACUGGCACUACUGUAGCUCACAGCAAGUGGUCAGUGUUUGUUGACUCGUCGGAGGCGGAGGAGUGCUUCAUCAAGGACAUGGACUUCCACAGUGAUUACUGCGUGUUGACUAUGCGUGCACGCAACGCCCAGCCGUACCUGCACAUCGUACCGCUCGGUCAUGACUUGCCCGGCUGUCUGGAUCAUCCAAUGGAGCAACGCAUCUACCCGGAGUUUGCCUGUACCAGUAUGCAGCUGGCGUGCAACCCUUCAGCGCAGAGUGUACGCAUCGGCUAUGUACAGUCUGGACCCAGCAUGCCCACGGUGUUAAGUUAUCUCAUUCCGUCAACCGGCCAGAAGCUGUGCCGCACUUCCGUGUACGCGUACGAGAUCUACCACGAGCAGCCGGUGAAGAAGAUGUCCGUCGUCCGCCGUCUCUCAGCCGUGUCUCCUGACGAUGGCGCAGAUAUUCCCAUCACGCUGGUGCACGUCGAUGGCUGUAUGUUCUAUCGCCUCCUGGUGAUUGUCUAUGGUGAUCAGGACGAGCCCAUUGACAUGAACUACUGUCCCCAGUGGUUUCGUUUGCUCAUGGAAGGCUGGACGCUCGCAUUCUGUCACGUGCGUGGCUCCCGCGACCUGGGCCGUCGCUGGCAUCUUGCCGGCGCCGGUGCUGACAAGGGGCAGGCGUUCAGCGACCUGAAAGCCUGCGUAGAUCAUUUGCACAUGGCCGAGUUCUCGAGGCCGGAACACACGGCUCUGUACGGCUUUAGCGCCGGUGCCACUCUGGUGGCUGGCCUGGCGCAACGCGAACCAGAACUGUUCAGAGCGGCCAUCCUGCACUCUCCCUUUGUAGACGUGCUGCAGACAUACUUGGAGAAUGACCAGUCACAGUUUGGCCCUGAGCGCAAGCUGCAGGACUGCGAUGACGGACCAGUGGACGAGGACGCUGUGCGGAAAAUCGCCCAGUACUGUCCAUACAGCAAUCUCUCUGAGCAAUCCUACCCAGACAUGCUGAUCACAACAAGUAGACAUAACCCGGUGGUGUCUGUCGUCGGCAUAGCACGCUUUGUUGCCAAGCUGCGCUCACUGCAGGAGCCGUGGCUGUUUGACAAGGAUAAACAGCAGCACAGUGCACUCUGGUUCAAUGUCGCCGAGUCUGAUCAGCAUAAAUCACAGCAGACCGACACGACGCAUGUCAUGGCCGACAAGUCACAGCUAGCUGCAGAGAUGAUCUUCUUGGACAGAGCUGUAUAGCUGCUAGCAGUGGUUACUUUACGCUUUGUGCCUGUCACUAGUUCAGUCAUGUUCUGCACUGGCUGGAUGGGCCCAGCACUGAUGCUGGUAUCACUGGUGCUGGCAUGAGUGUGCAUGUCCUGGCAGUGGUAAUGGUCACCCUGCAUCAUCUUACAUCAUUGUGCAGCUUAGCAAGCAAACUCUAUUGACAGCACUCGCGAUGUGGUUGCCAGUGCGGCACUACGAGUAGCUGACAGUACAUUAUUAUCCGUAUUGACCCAGCUUAUUUAUUGACCUAGGCUAGCUAUUGGCCCAGCUCAGCUAUUGGCCCAGCUCAGCUAUUGACUUAGCUCAGCUAUGGACUCAGUCUGUUGGCUCAGUCUGUUGACUCAAUCUAUUGACUCAGCUCAGGCAAUGACUCAGCUCAGGCAAUGACUCAGCUUGGCUGUUGUCAUAACUGAAUCCUCCCUGAGUAGUGUUACUCGUGACCUCACAAUCAUAUUGUUGAGUUCAUUUAGCUUGAUCUUGAUCUUCCACAGCAAUGCUCUCUGGACUAUGAGUAUGAGAUAAUAGCUGGGGAUUCUAUUUUCAGACCUAAACCUUAGUCUACUGGCAAUGCCAGCAACAGGGUGUUACUACGUCAAAGUAUUCUGUUAACAUCAUUCACCAGUUCUGCUUGCGAUGUUGACAGUUUGCCAGUGCAGUGCAUUGCAGUGUAGCCUCCUUCACCUACCUCUGUCGGUUCUCUCAGUGUUUAUUUAUUCUCCCCGUCAUCUGCGGCCGGUGCGAGUGCCAGUCCCUAUCUCUCCACUGCUGGUGCUCCGGCUCUGGCACUGCCGCAGCGGUGUUAUUGUAUUCUCUAGUGAGCUGUGUUUGUGUGUGUGUGUGUGUGUGUGUGUGUGUGUGUGUGCGUGCGUGCGCGUGUGUGCGUGUGAGUGGAGCAGUGCUGUUGGUGAUGCUGGCAUCGCUGACAGAGUGUGCGAUCACACGCCGACUAAUUUUUCCUGUAUUACAGGGUUAACGGGCCGCGUGGCACAUUGACAUGUUCAAGAAAUUCAAUUGCAAUGAACGACUACAUGUA